UGACACCUGUUACUGGCACUGGCAUGGCAUAGGAGCUCAAAUGCAUUGCACGGUGUAUACAGUGCGCGUGUUUCCGUUGGAUUCUAUUGAUCACAAAUUCGUACUGCAAACAAAUUGUUGUUUUUCUACUUUGUAACUACAUUUAGAAACCGACCGAGAAAAACCAUAUACUCUUAAGACUUCAUCAUGCCUAGAUCAAAAGUUGUACAUGGUAUGAUCACAAUGGACGACGUAUCCGACAACAACAAAAUAUGGAGAAUGCUGCUGGCCGAGUUCCUAGGCACGGCUAUGCUUUUGUUCGUCGGCUGCGGUAGCAUAAUGUGGCUGAACGGACAGCUCGGUUCGUCUGGUGUUAUUCAAAUCGCUUUAACGUUUGGAUUUAUAAUCGCUACUUUGGUCCAGAUUUUUGGUCAAACCAGUGGGUGUCACAUCAACCCAGCAGUCACGGUUAGCUUUUUGAUCACUGGCCAAUGCUCGGUUUUGAAAUCUGCUCUUUACAUUGUGGCUCAAUGUUUGGGUGCUAUUGCCGGUGUAUAUCUUCUUAAUUUUGUCACACCGAACGGAGUAACUAAAGGUUUGGGCAAAACCAAUAUAAGUGAGCAACUAGACUCAAGUCAAGGAUUCGUAGUCGAAGCCACAAUUACUCUUAUACUGAUAUUGGUCAUUCAUUCAGUGUGCGACGAAUCCAGCAAAAGCAGCAUUGUAACUCCAUCUGUCUCCAUCGGUCUUGCCAUAGCCGCCAAUCACUUAGCUGCUAUUCAAUUUACUGGCGCAAGUAUGAACCCGGCUAGAUCUUUGGGGCCCGCAGUAGUUCUCGGUUUUUGGACAAACCAUUGGGUCUAUUGGGCUGGUCCGAUCGUUGGCGGCGCACUCGGUGGACUCAUUCAUCAUUUUGUACUAAAGCGCCACACAGAAGAGGCAAGCUCCUACGAUCUUUGAACAACUAUUUAAUUUAAUUUAUUUUUUUAUCUAUACGAUAUAUAUAUAUAUAUAUAUAUAUAUUUAUUUAAUUAAUUUUUACAUCUUAUAAAUCUUUUUUUAAAUAGUAUACAUGUUAACAAUACGUUUAAAUAUUAUUAAUCCGAGUUACCUAUUCAUAAAUUAUUUGUAUUAUUAUACUUUUAAAAAUCCUAAAAUACGACUUAUUAACUCUCUUAUUUAACUUAUUUUCCAUUUUAGAUGAUAUCAAGCCAUCAGUUAGUUUCGUUGAAUGCAACCUAGUUAAUAAGUAAUGGCGAUAAUAAUAUACUGUGCGUGAUGAUAUACUGUUUGUUAAUUUGUAUUACCUAUUAAAUGAAAUAAACAUAUUUUUUCAAUUG